UGCCCCUCCACCGGUGAACCCAAAGCUUAUCCACUUGUCACUCCCUUGCAUCGUCGCCGCCCAAGCUUACAUCUCUGAUCUUCCAUACAAUCUCAGAGACUGAGAGCAACAAUUACAGAGAGCUCCAAAAAUGGCCGCCUCGUUGGUCUCUUCAACCCUAACUCCCUCAUCUGCCCCUCCAUUCCCUCCCAAACCCCACAACCAUUUUCUCUCUCCUCGUAGUUUUAUGGCUUUUUCUAGAGAAGCCAAAACCUGGCACCACCAAAAGAGAAACAUAGGCUUAUCCAUCAAAGCGCAAACUCUGGACUUCUCGGGAACGUUCUUUGAAGGAGGAGGAUUCGGAGUAGACGAUGACCCACCAACCACAGCCGGGUCGGUCAUUUCGGCUGUUGAAGACAAAGAGGAGCCUCAGUGCCCACCUGGCCUUCGACAAUAUGAAACCAUGGCCGUCUUCAGGCCCGACAUGUCCGAAGACGAAAGACUUACUGUUACCCAGAAGUAUGAAGAGUUGCUUGUUGCUGGGGGUGGCAUGUAUGUGGAGGUGUUCAAUCGAGGGGUCAUUCCGCUUGCCUACAGCAUCAAGAAGAGGAACAAAGCAGGUGAGACCAAUACUUAUUUAGAUGGCAUCUACCUAUUGUUCACUUACUUUACCAAACCUGAAUCCAUGGAAGUUCUCGAGGCAACACUGACAGUGGAUGAUAAUGUUAUUCGAUCAUCGAGUUUCAAAAUAAGGAAAAGGAAGUACUAAUUUUGUGUUAGUUUUUAUCAUUUGCAUAGCUCUCUGUAAGCAAGGCAGAUAGAAGGUACAGUUAUAUGAUUUCUGGUGCUAGUGCUAUGGUUUUUUUUUCCUUGGUAGAACUGUCAUUAAUUUUUGAAUCUUUAUUGGUCUAUUUGUAUGUGGCCAAGUUGCAUUCGGAUCGACACCUUUUGUUCUGAGACCGUUACACGUUCUGUUUAGACUACGAGCCUCACUCAACUAGUAGUUGACUCUCACGCGUUGUAACGACUUAGCCAUAGUCAUUCCAAUCAUUGUUAUCGUAAUCAAAUCACAAUAUAUUGACAAAUAACAUUCCGUGUCUGCAUGAUAUAAGCUGU